UUGAGGUAAGAAACAAGACGGCGAUGUGUCCCUGCCUCCUGACAAUUUUAACUGUUACCCUCUCGUUUUCAGUGGUGAGAGGACAGGAGUACUGCCUUACCACGAACGGUGUGGAGUAUUGUGAAAAUAACUGCUGUGGUUCGUUCGACAACCAACAAUGUUGUUCCUUCAAUCCCACUGUGUUGGUGUUGAUGGUCGUGGCUGCAGCUUUAACCAUACUCGUCGUUGCUAUCCUGAUCAUCCUCUGCUGCAAGGCAAAGAAGAAACAGAGGAGAACAGUGGUACAACCUGUCACCAACGGAGAUAGGCCGCCCGACCCCCGGGACAGCAGGGCAUCGUCUAUCACUUACGUGGUUGUACCCCCGGGGGAAUCCAGAUUGUUCCUACACAAUGCGACCAGCCUUCCUCCCUACACACCAGAGCCUCCGAAAUACUCAGAGGAUACCCAUUAUGCCUCCGGAUCUGGACCCCUCUUAAGAUCGGGACAUGUUCAUUCUGUUUGGCCAAUUCCGGGGUCAAGCGGAACUGGAAAUGGAAAAGUCGCAUCGGCACCACCGAGCUACUCAAGUAACCACCAAUCAAUAAGUGUGGAACAUGACUUGUCGAGCAGUUCCGAGACACCUGUACAACUGGACAGUCAUAUGUAACUGACAGUCAACGUGGUGUCACCAUAUCACAAAUGUAACACUUGACAGUCAUAUAUAACCUACAACCAGCAUUGUGUCAUCCUAUGACACCUAUAAAACUCGAGAGUCAUAUGUAACCUACAACCAGCGUGGUGUCAUCAUAUCACAUCUAUAACACUGGAGUUAUAUAUAACCUACGACCAGCAUAAAAAUUGUGUCAUCCUAUGACACCUAUAAAACUCGAGAGACAUAUGUAACCUACAACCAGCGUGGUGGCACCAUAUCACAGCAAUGACUCUAACAAAGGAAAGGAGCGUAAAAGAACUUGGUGGAAAAUUAAAAUUACGAAAUGAAUCGUUGUGACAUGUUCUCCAAUGCUCCAAUACUUUCUUCUUCCUACAACCACGUCAGAUCAUUUCUUUAAACAGAUUUCGUCAGAUUGAUCCAAUCAGUAAUAGAAAUAUCAGUUCGAUCAGUGAUGUAUUUUAUAUGAUUAUUAAAAACGUAAUUUUAUACCAAA